AUGCGGCCCAGGCUGUGUAGGCCAGCGUCCCACCUCGGGCGGAGACGGAGACGGCACAGGGAGGGGGAACUGGAGAAGGCUGCGCUGGGAGGUGAGCCAGGCCAGAGGCCCGAUGGGUUCACAGAAGGAGACCCCUCCCCGACCCCCGCCCGGCCGGCCGGCCCCGCCCCGCCGCGGCGGCGGCGGCGGCGGAGGCAGCGGCUCCAGGCGGCGCAUCCCCCGGGGACGGGGCGGAGAGGGGGUGGGGGCGGGGGCGGCUCAGUGCGGUGCUGGGAGGCCCGCUCCCUCCGGCGGCGGUGGCGGCGGCCUCCCGACCGGGACCAUCCCGGCCCGGCCCGGCCCGGAUCCUUCUCGGGCGACGGCGACGGCGGCGGCAGCGGCAGAGCGGGCGCCCCCUGGCGCGGGGAGGGAAGCCCCUCCUUGUACGUCGGCGGGAGCAUCCCCGGCGGACGCGAGGACCGGGAGCUGUAGGGGCGGAUCGUGUCGCGGCUGCGGCGCUUUGGGGCGGAGCUCACCGAGCACGUGGCGGCCGCCGAUCAGGGCGCGGGCGGGGAAGAGGCUGCUGGGGGCGACAGGCUCAUCCGUGAGCAGGACCUGGCCUGGCUGCAGCAGGCAGAGGAAGUGGACCAGCCCGCUCUGGGUAUAGGCCACAAGCUGGACCGGGCCAUGGCCCGCAAUAAACCAGUCCUGUGCCUGUUCCGCCCGCAGUCUGACCGAAUGCUCUCAGCCACGAUCCGGGGAGCAGCCGAAGGCUCGCAGGUCCAGGUGUGGGGCUACGAGGCGGCAGAGGCGGCAGCCACGCUGGAUGCGUACUUUGCGGCGGAUCCUCCUGAGCGGUGGCUGCUCCCCUGA